AUGAUCUUCCCGCAAUAUCGUCAAUCUUCCCACAGAUUCUUCAUGCUCUUUUCCGAUCUACUCGCUACGGCCCUCCUCACCGGGUCCGCCCUGAGCAUCCCCCUCGUCCCCCGCGAGCUCAGCCCCUACACCAGUGACAUUGAGGUUCACUCCAUCUGUAACGCUACCCAACGGCGUAUGCUUCAAAAGGCUCUCUCUGACACAUACGAAGUAACCUCCUUCGCUAAAGAAUACAUCACCACCAACGGCGGGGACGAUCCCAUCUUUCAACAGUACUUUGGCACAGACACAGGUUCAUACACCCAAGUCAUCGGUAUCUGGGAUGCUUUCCUCCCGUCCAACAAAGAAGGCGUGCUUUUGCGAUGUGAUAACCCUGACGGCAAUUGUGGUCAAGAGGGUUGGCGCGGACAUUGGGGAGGCGACAAUGCCACAUCCGAAACUGUCAUCUGCGAUCUUUCUUACACUGACAGGCUGUUUAACGAAAACUUUUUCAUGUUUGGGUACUCGUCAGCCAGAAACCUUCGACUUUUUGGUCUAUCGGUCUCAUGCGAUCACCGAUUCUUCCAUGUUCCAGCGGUGACGAACGGCAAAGUCGACCACUAUGCUGAAGACUAUACUGGCAUUCUCGAGCUCGCCGAGCACAACAGCACCUAUGCCGCUGUAGACUCGAACGCCCUCCAGUACUUUGCUGCUCGCAAGUCGCUCCUCCUCUUUAUCGAGACUUGUGGCUGA